CUUGUACCCACCCGACACAGGGUGACGCACUAGAACCACAUGUAUGCGGAGAGGGAAACAUGUGAGACCGGCCCCGAAAAGAUCUUCACUACGAGCAGGGUUUUUUCCACGUCCAUGUUAGUGACUGUCAGUGAGUGGGAGUGUACCAGCCAAGCAAAUCACCCGUGGCCUUCGCCUUGGCUCAAGAGCCUUGGGGGGCACUGCCUGCCAGGCAGCACUGACGACCAAUGCUGCAAAUCCAUGUGCUGUCAGGGUCCCUAGCUGCUGAACUUCAAGAAGACGAUUUGGGUCCCAUCAUCCAAAGUGAUAAGCCAGUCAGGGCACUGAAAGAGCACCUGGCUCUUCGAACCGGUAUUUCCAGGUAUCGGCAACGACUUUUCAGAGAAAGCAUCGACCUGCGGGAUGAUGCUCCAGUCACGCCGCGAGGCCAUCUGCACCUGGUGAUGUUGAACUUUCAAGAUCCUGAAGCUGCAACACUGCAAUCAUUGGCUUCAGCGUGUGCCAGCGGCCGGGCGGAGGAGGUGGAAGCAAUGCUCCAAGCUCCGCACAAUCCUAACAUACGAGAUCUCGAUGGCUUAGAACCUGGUGGCACUGCUUUGCAGUUGGCAAGCCGGCAUGGGCACAUUGAAGUAGUGCAACAGUUGCUGGAGGCAAAAGCUGACAAGGAUGCUGCCAAGCAAGAUGGCCAUACAGCAUUGCACUUGGCAAGUGCUGAGGGGCACUUGGAAGUAGUGCGGGAGUUGCUGCAGGCAGGCGCUGACCAGGAUCGUGCGGCAGACGAUGGGUCCACAGCUUUGCACUGGGCAAGUCCACACGGGCACCUGGAUGUUGUCCGAGAGUUGCUGCGAGCAGGCGUUAAGAAGGAUGCUGUGGAACAAGAUGGCCACACAGCUUUGCACUUGGCAAGCCAUUUUGGACACUUGGAAGUAGUGCGGGAGUUGCUGCAGGCAGGCGCAAACCAGGAUCAUGCGGCAGACGAUGGGUCCACAGCUUUGCACUUGGCAAGUCCACAUGGGCACUUGGAUGUAGUCCGAGAGUUGUUGCAGGCAGGCGUUAAGAAGGAUGCGGUGGAGCAAGAUGGCCACACAGCUUUGCACUUGGCAAGUCGUUACGGGCACUUAGAAGUAGUGCGAGAGUUGCUGCAGGCCUCGGCAGACCAGGAUCAUGUGUCGCAAGAUGGCUCGACAGCUUUGCAAUCGGCAUAUUUGAAUGGACACUGGGACGUGGUGCAGUUGCUGCUGGAGUUUCCCAUUGGAAGACGUCGACUAUAGAUGCAUGUCCUAACGGAAUUGCAUGUGUUUGAGGUGCUCCGAAGAAGCACUAGCGUCGCUGGACGCGCAGUGGAUUGGACCCGGCCGCUGCAUGCAACGCGCUCCACUCGCUUGGCGGC